AUGUCAAUUCGCAGGCGGACAUACCAACGUCGCGCCAAAGACCAAACGUUGCGAUUUACAGAAAAUGGCACAUUCCAAAUAACGGUCUUCAAUGACUUGCAUUUCGCCGAAGAUGAGAAAGCCGACAACAACACCAUAGAGGUGAUGAACUCCGUUCUAUCUUCAGAGAAUGUGCAACUCGUGGUACUCAAUGGAGAUUUGAUCUCUGGCGAGGCAACUCAAAGCGCGAACUCUAGCCUCUACGUUGAUCGGAUUGUGGCACCACUAGUUGACCGUGGUUUACCAUGGGCAUCGACUUAUGGGAAUCAUGACAGCGAGAUUAAUCUAGACCCCGAAGAGACGUUUCAACAAGAGACAAAAUAUGAUAACAGCUUAACCCAGCGAAGGGUUCUGAAUUCCACUGCCGGCAUCACGAACUAUUACCUGCCGGUCUUUCCGCAUGAGGGGUCGAAUGAUGAUACCCCCACGUUUAUAUUGUGGUUCUUCGACAGCCAAGGUGGCCAUUAUACCACAAAGAAGGAAGAUGGCAAAUCAGGGGCGAGACAGAAUUGGGUAGAUGACAGUGUUAUUGAAUGGUUUCAAAAAGCCAACGCAAACAUAACAUCUACCUACGGACAAACAAUCCCAUCCCUAGCCUUCGUCCAUAUCCCAGCUCAUCCAAUGCGCGCACACCAAGUAUCUGGCGUGAGCCCAAUCAAAGAACCAGGAAUCAACGGAGAACGAGUCCAGGAACAAGGCUAUGACGCCGAGGCCGGCUACCAAUCCCAAGACUUGCCAUUUAUAAGGGCUUUGCUGAAUACCACGGGGCUAGUGGCGACUUUCAGUGGCCAUGAUCACGAUAAUGACUGGUGCUUCAAAUGGGAUAGUGAGCUAUCUGAUCUCAAUGUUACGGGGAAUGGUAUGAACAUGUGCUAUGGUCGGCAUACGGGAUAUGGAGGGUACGGGGAUUGGGCGCGUGGUGGAAGACAGAUUUUGUUAGACCAACGGUUGCUUGGGGAUGAUAUGCGGACUUGGAUCCGGAUGGAAGAUGGGUCGAUUUCAGGUGAUAUCCAUCUCAAUGCGACGUACGGCCAUGAUCGAUAUGGGUUGGCGCAGAAAAAGGUUGUCAAUGGGCAAAAUGGUGGCCUUUCUCCUGAAAACUUGAGUAUUUUUUCUUUGUGGAUAUUUGUGUUUUCUGGAGUUAUAUCUGGGUUUCACUUGUGGUAG